AAUAUCGUUCACUCUCUCUCUAAGGUAAAUCUCUCUCCCACACCAUUCUCUCUCCAGUUUCUCUCUCUAGAGUCUAGACAGUAAAAUCUCUGCAGAUAAUUAAAGAAGAGGUCUGCCAUUUUCUCUGAUCACACGACAAAGCUCUCUCUUCUCACACAAGAAACGCUAGCGCUUUUUUUUUUAUAUCGUCCUCUGCAAUUCCACCUGGAAAUGGUGAAGCAACGCGCGUCUCCACCUGUGGCCUCUGAAAACCCUAUUUUCUGAGGAUGAUGGCUCAGGAAGCUGCAGAAGCCUCAGGUUUUCAGAAACCCUAGUCUUUUUUUGCUUUUUCGGUGCUUGCGAGCUACUGCUUGAAGUUACAGGGCGAAGAGAGUGGUAGAAACCCUAGGUGCUUAUUUUCGCUACAUAUGGUUUUCACCUGCGAAAUCUUUCGUUUCCUCGAAUUCAUGAGGUUGCAGAGACCUUAAUUUCCGAGGAUACGGUUUGCAGGAAGUUGCAGCAAGCCUAGGUUUCGUUUUCUCUGCCUUCUAAUGCCUGAGUUUCAAAAAGGCGAGGUAUUUUUGGAUAAUAGAGACCUUGAUUUUGGAUUUAUCUCGAAAAGUUUCUGCUGAAACGCCAGUUAACAUUGAUGCAUGGCCCUGGGAGUUGCAGAGAUCUAGCGUUUAGUCCCAACGCAUAAUGCAGUUGUACAUGCACCUCCUGUGACCUCUGUUUAUCUCCGUUAAUCUCUGUCCCAUUUGUUUUUCGCCAUCUAUACAUGCUUGAUGUGUCUCCGGCUUUCUUCCCUGAUCCUGAAACUGUUGUUCUCCGCAAAACCUAAUUUUUAAGCUUACAUUGCUCGUGCAGGUGCAAAACCUCUGGCUUCUCACUCCAUUUAUGCAUACUCCUUUUCCAUUGCUCAUGUAUACAUUUGAGGAAUGCUGUUAACCCCAAAUUUUUGUAAACAGGAGUUGCAGAAACCUCAAAGUUUUCCCUCAUUGAUAUAUAUAUAUAUAUAUCGCCAUAUACACACAUUCGCUAUACUCAUGCUUUUGUGGCAUAAUGCAUGUAUGCCACCAUUGACCAUUUGAAUGCCAAUGGUUAUCUGGUAUGAACAGUUUCGGAUACUGUUACCUUAGCUUUCAGUAAAAGUGGUGAUAUGCAGAGAGGCGCAUUUAUGUCACCAUGUAUGCGUGUGUACUAUGUAGAGCUAUGGUGUAUGGAUUGAGGAUUUCGAGGAGAAGAGAUUCGAGCAUGGGAAUUAAAAUAUGAGCUUUUUGGGGUUCUCAUCUUCCAUUGGAAAAGGGGAUUAAAAUAUGGGUUUUGGUGCUUGUGAUGAUAAUAAAAUAUAAGUGGGAAGUGUAUUCUGGUUCAAAGGGGCAUGUGACAAAAGAGGUGGUACUUCUGGUUUCACUGGGGGAUUAAUUUCUGUGUUUUCCUUCUUUUUUCUUUUUCAGGGGAGUUUUCGGGUGAUUUUCGUUUUUUUUCUCUCUUGUUUUUUCUUGUUCUGUAUUUCUUAAUCUUCUUUUUUUCUUUGGACAUUUGAGGUGCAUUUUUCUCUUGAAUGGGUGGUUCUUUGGGAUUUUCUGGGUGAAUUUUUUGGGUCUUUCUUUAUUGUUAUUUUGAGUUUUUGGGUUGCUUCUUUCUUUAGUUUCGUAUUUUUUUUCCCCAUUUUUUUUGGAGAAGAUGGUAGGUUUGGUUUCACAUUUGGCAGCCAAAUUUGCAUUUUUUCCCCCUGAUCCACCUUCAUAUCAGGUGAGGAAGGAGAAUGGAAGGGUUGUUUUUUCGGGGAUUCCAAGGGAUUCAUCGAUGGAUGUUCUUGUUCUUGACACCAAGUAUGGAAACAAGAUUGUAGCUUUAUAUCUGAGAAACCCUUAUGCCAGAUUAACGGUUUUGUAUUCGCAUGGCAAUGCGGCAGAUCUGGGGCAGCUCUAUGAUCUAUUUGUCCAGCUCAAGGUUAACCUUAGGGUUAAUUUGAUAGGGUUAGUGCCAUUUUCCAGUAUGAUUAUUCAGGAUAUGGAGCUUCCACAGCAGCCUAGUGAAUCCAACACUUACGCUGACAUAGAAGCUGUGUACCAAUGUCUUGAGACUCAGUACGGAGUUGGUCAGGAAGAUUUGAUAUUGUACGGACAAUCUGUUGGAAGUGGGCCCACACUACAUUUGGCCUCUCGACUCCCACGGUUAAGAGGUGUUGUCCUUCACAGUGCUAUACUUUCAGGCCUUCGUGUGCUCUGCCAUGUGAAGGUCACUUUAUGCUUUGAUAUCUAUAAGAACAUCAACAAAAUUAGAAAGGUGAAGUGCCCAGUACUCGUAAUACAUGGUACUGAGGAUGACGUAGUUAACUGGAUCCAUGGCAAAGGACUAUGGGAACUUGCGAAAGAACCAUACGAGCCCCUUUGGAUCAAGGGUGGUGGCCAUUGUAAUUUGGAGCUCUACCCUGACUAUAUUCAACAUCUUCACAAAUUUGUCACAGAAAUGGAGAACAUAACAACAGCUAUUCGCCUGAAAAGAAUACGGGGAAAUCUUCAGCAACCCGAAAAGAACUGGUGGUGCUGCUGUAGUUGUAAUUGCAAAUUUCGGCUAAAAUGGCUGAAGUGUUCUAUGCCCUCGUGUUCUAUGCCUUCUUGCUCCAUGCCCUCGUGUUCUAUGCCCUCUUGCUCCAUGCCCUCUUGCUCCAUGCCGUCGUGUUCUAUGCCCUCUUGCUUCAUGCCCUCUUGCUCUUGUUGCUGUCACUGCCGGUGCUGUUGUUGACAUCUUUUUGAGGAGAGUCCUAGAGGAUGUCGAAUUAAAUUGGUAGUUGUACAAAAUGAGGCUUUAUUCUUAUUUUUUCUUUGCUUAACCCUUACUUCAAAAACAGAUGAAAGAGCUCAUCAACCCAAUGUUGUACUGAUUAGGCUUCUUACUUACUGAUUAGGCUUUACUAAUUGGAUCUUUCAGGUUGGGGUCAUGAUUGGAUUUUUGGGUGUUUAUGCCCCUUUUUAUAGCACUUUAUCAUCUCCCUCCA